CGCUGUCGAUUCGAUUGUGUUGAGCUGCCGGUUUGGAGUUGUUUUCAUUAUUUAAAUCCUCAUUUUAACAAGAAAUCUAAGUUUUUAAGUGUUAAAUGUGUGCUGUAUAGUGGCUAAAAGAUAUAAACUAGUAUAUUAUCAUGACGACAAAUCCGAGAAAGGGCACCGAUCCUGGGCCCUUGGAAGAAAGUGAUCAGCUUACAAUUCGACCAUUAGGAGCUGGCCAGGAAGUCGGAAGAUCAUGUAUUAUGCUGGAAUUCAAAGGAAAGAAAAUUAUGCUCGACUGUGGCAUCCACCCCGGGUUGUCAGGCAUGGACGCACUGCCAUUUGUGGACCUGAUAGAGGCAGAUGAAGUUGACCUUCUUCUGAUUUCACAUUUCCACCUUGACCACAGUGGAGCCCUGCCCUGGUUCCUCACUAAAACUUCGUUCAAAGGCCGAGUGUUUAUGACACAUGCCACCAAGGCCAUCUAUCGCUGGCUGGUCUCUGAUUAUAUUAAAGUCAGCAACAUAUCAACAGAACAGAUGCUGUACACAGAAUCAGACUUAGAAGGCUCAAUGGACCGCAUCGAGACAGUCAACUUCCAUGAAGAGAGAGAUGUUAGGGGCGUCCGUUUUUGGGCUUACAAUGCUGGACAUGUGUUGGGUGCAGCCAUGUUUAUGAUCGAGAUUGCUGGUGUCAAGGUACUGUACACGGGAGACUUUUCGCGGCAGGAGGACAGACAUUUGAUGGCGGCCGAGAUUCCCACCGUGCACCCAGAUGUUCUUAUUACCGAAUCCACGUACGGCACCCACAUCCACGAAAAACGCGAGGAGCGAGAGAGCCGCUUCACCGGGCUCGUGUCCGACAUAGUGACGCGCGGCGGACGCUGCCUCGUGCCCGUGUUCGCACUGGGACGCGCGCAGGAACUGCUACUCAUUCUAGACGAAUACUGGUCCCUCCACCCCGAGCUUCAAGACGUGCCGAUCUACUACGCCUCGUCGCUAGCCAAGAAAUGUAUGGCGGUGUACCAGACUUACGUGAACGCUAUGAACGACAAGAUUCGGAGGCAGAUCGCCGUCAACAACCCCUUCGUGUUCCGACACAUUUCUAACCUGAAGGGUAUCGACCACUUCGAAGACAUCGGUCCGUGUGUGAUCCUGGCCUCUCCUGGUAUGAUGCAGUCCGGUCUUUCGAGGGAGCUGUUCGAGUCCUGGUGUACCGACCCCAAGAAUGGAGUCAUCAUUGCUGGUUACUGCGUCGAAGGCACACUGGCCAAGACCAUUCUCUCGGAGCCCGAAGAAGUGACCUCCAUGUCAGGCCAAAAGCUGCCACUUCGCAUGUCGGUCGACUACAUUUCCUUCUCGGCUCACACGGACUAUCAACAGACUUCUGAAUUUAUCAAUAUAUUGAAACCACCACAUGUUGUACUGGUCCACGGUGAGCAGAACGAGAUGUCUCGUCUAAAGGCGGCGUUACAGAGAGAGCAUCGCGGCGCGCUGCAUGUAUACACGCCGCGGAAUACUCAACAACUGGCGCUCACUUUCAGAGGAGACAAGACUGCUAAGGUGAUGGGCUCUUUGGCAGUGGAGCCGCCCGAAGAAGGCAAGCAGCUGCAAGGCAUUCUAGUCAAACGCAACUUCAACUACCAUAUACUGGCGCCGCAGGACCUUAACAAAUACACGGAGCUGACCCAAUCCGAAGUGUCCCAGCGGCAGUCUAUCCACUACGCUGGAUCACUGGCGUUGCUGCGACACGUCGUGGUGCAGGUAGCCGGCAACGUGGACUUCGUGAGUGAGACCAAGUGGCGGCUGUACCAGUGCGUCGAUCUCACCGUCGAGAACGGCAUGAUUACACUAGAGUGGCAAGCGUCGCCUGUGUCAGACAUGUACGCGGACGCUCUAGUGGCGGCCAUCUUGUCGGCGUCGUCGUUGCCCACGCCGCGGGCGUUGCCGCUGGCGCCUAAAUUGGAUCGGAUGCACUUCAAGGAAUGUGUGAUCGAGAUGUUACAAGAGAUGUUCGGCGAAAACUCCGUCCCUAAGAUGUUCAAGGGCGAUAAACUACAUGUGGACGUGGCCGGCAAACGAGCUGAUAUUGAUUUAGCACAUAUGGAGGUGGUGUGCUUGGGCGACGAGAACAUCUCGCGCUGCGUGCAGGCCGCCGUCACGCGCCUCUACGCCGCGCUGGCGCCCGCGCGCCCGCCGCCGCCGCCCACCGUGUGAGCGCCGCGACAACCCGAGUCCUGACUCCCCACUCCCGUCUACUGAUGUGCCGACGGAAAUUUUACUAAAUUCUCAAAUUUUCACACAACUUUCCAUACUUUGUAUGGAUGGAAACUUUCCAUUUCAUAAAUUUAAAUUCCCUUUAUUUUUCGUGAAAGUUUAAAUAACUUUUCAAAAAAAUUAAGAUUUUAUUGGAAAGUUUCCACGACUCGCAAGUCACCACUCCCGUCACACACUCCCAGCCCACAGAGGAUUACGUCACCGCGCGAGUGUAGACAGCUCACUGAACUUGUACACUCACCGGCAUAAAUAACCGAUGAUUUCUGUACCUUGUCGCUUUUAAUCAUUUCACUUUCGUGUGACAUUUCAAACGAGAUGUUAAUGUGACGGGGUACAGAAAUCAUCACUUAUUUAUACCGGUAACUAUACCGUCCGACCACAACUCUCAUUUGAGGAAUAUCUUUUCAAAAAGGUUCAUUUAUUUCGCGACUCUUCUGAUAUACACCUUAGGCGUAUCUUAUAACUUAUAAGACACAUUGUCGAACCAAAAAUAAAAAUAAGUUUUAAAAAGACACUCCUCAUUUUAUCUAGCCACCCAUUCCUACGAGUCACCGGAGCCAUUGCACCGGUCGAGCUCAAAAUACAAUAUAAUCACCGGAGAUACUCUGACCGAUUUUACCUUUGUAUUGACCAACAUGACUACAGACUAAGGGCCAGUUGCAUCAACCACAUUUGACAAACACAUCAUCGUCACACAGCAAACGUCUAUGGAACUUCCCAUACAAUAAAAAUUAACGAACGCUUUAACGGUCACAGAUGGUUUGAUACAACCGGCCCUAAGUCUGACCGCUACUAACAUUGUCUAUCCAUUGAAGAAAUGCUAAAAACUGUUUAGUCUAAACACAGACCACAUCUAAUGUCGGAUUUGUAAAUAAGUAUUUUAUAUUGUUAGUUAUAAUUAUAAGAAUAAAAUACAAAAAUGGAA